UAACGGAGUACGGCAAUUAAUCUGACUUUGAUUUGGUCAAAAUCUAUGACACAAAUUUUUUCAUCACGACUAUCGGAGCGAAAAUGAUCAGCUGCUUCCAAUGAUAUUGUUAAAGUGAUAAACAGAAUAAAGAAUAACAUCAUCGCAGUUGGUGAAAUCCACAUUCCUUUUCAAUGCUAUGAUUUGAAGUGUUUUUAUUUGUAGAGAAGAAAAUGGAUGAUGGAAAUAUGUCAUUAGACCAAUUUUUUGAGCAAGGUCUCUUUUGGAACAAUGAAAGUACUCAGUUUGGAAAACAAAAUAUAAUACCGAGUUUACAAACUCUAAUCGAGGAUGAGAAUGAUGGAGAAGGAUAUUAUGAUUGUCUUGAUAAUUUUGACUUUGUCUUACCUUCAACACCAGAAAGCUUGUUAACUUCCGGGUCAGAACACGAGCAAACAUUGAUAUUAGACAGUAAAAAUGAAGAAUCAUACUUCCCUAUUGAUGUAUCAGAAAUCUCGAGUAUACUAACCUGUCAGGCAGAUUUAGAAUUGACAACAUCACAGACGUCUGCCGAUACUUUGAGAGAGCAAACAAAUAAUGCUGCAAUCCCACAAUUCAUACACAAUUCACAAAGUGUCGAGUCGGUCUUAAAACAAAAAUGUGAAAAAAGUAAACCUUUGGAAAAAGAAAAGGACAAUAGAAGUAUAUGCAGUUCAUCUAGUAAGUCAAGUUUUGCGAAAGAAGUUACUGAAGAAACAGAAGAGCCAAUUUCAAAAAAGGUAGAAAACAUACAAAAAGAAAUUCCUGUCCGUAAUUCAAAGGAUAAGAAACUUAAAUCAUGUGGCUUAUUACAAUUCCCACCAUGUGAAAUUUGUAGUGGGAAGGCAACUGGAUCACACUAUGGGGCGAUAACUUGCGAGGCCUGUAAAGGAUUCUUCAGACGCCAUCUCCAAAAGAAAACAAACUUUAAAUGUACUAAAGGGGGAAAAUGUGAUAUCAUAAGUAAUAAAAAGGGCAUUUGUUCUGGAUGUCGUCUCAAAAAGUGCCUUGAUCUUGGUAUGUCUAAAGAAAAGUCAAAAAUGGGAAGGUAUACUCUUACAAAAAGGACAGAAGCCAUAGUCAACAUGAACAUACGUGAUGGUAAACAAUCUGAUAAUUCAUCAAAAAAAGACAAAGACAGUACGACUGUUGAAAAUGUUAUAGAACCUGGAAGUAUCCAUGAAGAAACUCACUUUUUGUUAAGUUAUAUAGAAAAAAAUCCGAGAUCCUUUAACACAUCUCACGGCUUCAAUGAUGCGUUGGUGGUUGAAUUAGUUAAAUGUCUUGAUACAUUUGAACUAUAUGGUCCAAAUAUUAAAACAAAAGAGCAAAUAAAGCAGGCACAUAAAGCACAGUCAGAUAGGUAUAGACAGAAAAUAGAAGUCUUUGGUAAACUGAAAAAUGUAUCUAAAGAGGAGUAUAAUGAGCUGUACUUAAAAUAUGGUAUUGACAUAGACGGAAGGAUGGCAGAUAUGAAGUUAGAUUGUGAAGAUAUUGAAAGUGACCUUGUUCGAUUAUGUAACUUUGCAAGACAUAUACCGGAAUUCCAUAGUUUUUCCGUACAAGACCAGGUCUCAUUGUUGAAUACAUUAAUGAUCGAUUUUUUCACUGUUGUUAUGAUUGACGGCUAUAGUGACGAAUAUCAGACGUUUUUAACGAAGAAUGGACGUGGCUACCAUGUUGAAGAGAUUUCAGGACGGGAGUACUCAGAAAAGCUUGUUGUGUUAUCAAAAAAUGUUUAUUGUCGUCUGCAGUCAUUGGAUUUUACAACAGAAGAAAAAGCACUGAUAAUGGCUUUGUUGUUGGUAUCCCCUGAUCGUUGCAAACUACAAAAUCGGGCUCAGGUUGAAAAAGUGCAGUUAUCUUUAACUGUAUUACUUCAGAAGCAUAUAGAGAAAAGUAGUAGAAAGGGCACGGGAAUGGCAAGGUUUUCAAAGAUAAUGGACUCCCUGAUAUAUAUGAGAGAAUUAACUGAUCAACAAAUGAAAGAAAACAAUGAGUUUUGCAAAGAUGAAUUAUAUAAGAAGGAAUUCCCAUUCCUUGAUCAAUUUUUCAUUGAAGAAAAUUAAGGAGAGAUUCACAUAUUUAUAUUUCUGCUUCAAGCACCUGUUGCUGUUAUUUCUUAUUAAAGGUUUUCUGUGCAAAUUAGACAAUGCCAUAGAUUUAAAAUGAACUUGGAUAAAUUUAAUUGGAAAUAUGUUAUGCCACAGGAAUUUGAUAUAUCAUCAUUUAAAGGAACUCCACUCAGGCUUAAAAGCCUGAAAAUAUAAAAUUUUAAUUUCUUACAUAGAUCAAUGGCAACAGUUAAAUCAGAAAGAUGUGCAAAAGAUAAUUAAUGAAUUUACUCAGAAAUCUAUUAACAUCAUAUUUUUGAGCUUCUUGGUUCAAUUUGAGUGAAAACACUUUUCAGUUUUCAUUUUUUUUGGGUCAUUGAAUAAUUUUUUCUGGAAAAAGGGUGUGAGCAAAUGAUCUAACACUUUGCACACAAGUUACAUAAUUUUGUUAAUCUUUAUCAAAUGGAACAUUAAUCAUGCCAGAAAACUUUUUUUGUAUGAGGUAAAACAUCUGUCUUGGUGGCAGCAUUAAAAAUGUACAGAAAUGGAUACUGUAGCAGCUGCUGCUUCCACAGUUUUAAAACUGGCAUACAGAGCUAGGCUGUUGAAAUAUUCCAGGCAUUAUCAA